UAGUAGAUGGUUGGUUAACAAACGGUCAAUUUUCCUACGUAAAAAAACGACAUAUGCACUCAAUUUCGUAUAAUUUGGUUUCGGGCUCGAUCUUCAAAUAGUUUUUACUCAAUUAUAGUGUGGAUUACACCUAUUAUCAUCAUUCAGUGCGCUAAAUUGCUUUCGUUGUCUCAAAUUAACGUUAUUAACUUUUUAAACUGUUCUCAUAACAACGUUUAUCGUUUUCUCACCUUUUUUUUUUCCGGCUUAGUGCUAGUGAAUUUGACUUAGUGGUUUUAGUGAAACUUUUUCAAGACGUCUCCUAACUUCAGCAAAGUGGAUAACAAACCCUUCACGACGUUGAAUUUCACGGAUUUGGGUUCCCCUUUCGGGGGACCCAACGAAGAUCCUCCGGGCACCCCUACGAUGUCCGGGGAAGGUCACAUCGGACCGCCGACACCUCAUGAAUCCAAUAAUUCGACGCCCGUUUCGAAAAGUGCUUUUAUCGAAUUACAACAACACGGAUACGGACCAUUGAGGACCACUUAUCAACACCACUUUAAUUCGCCGGCGGGAAAUGCACAUUCGGGACCGACGGGUGGUCACGAUACUGGUUUUCCAAGUCCCAGGGGUGCUUUGGGCGCUUAUCCUUUUCCACCGAUGCAACAGCAUUCGUAUACGGGUUAUCAUUUGGGUUCUUAUGCUUCUAAUUGUCCUCCUUCUCCCAAAGAUGACGACAAAUGUUUAUCGUUAGACAGGCCGUCGGGUGGUGGCAAAGGUAAAAAAAUGCGAAAACCCCGUACGAUAUAUUCAAGUCUUCAAUUACAACAACUAAAUAGGAGGUUCCAAAGGACACAGUACCUGGCCUUACCAGAAAGGGCAGAGCUGGCGGCCAGUUUGGGACUAACACAAACUCAGGUGAAGAUAUGGUUUCAAAAUAGGAGAAGUAAAUACAAGAAAAUGAUGAAAGCAGCACAAGUUACAGGUGGCACAAACAACAAUGGUACUCCCGGAGGUCAUUCGGGUUUAUUAGGUCCUAAUUCAAAUAUGCCUUCUAGUAGUCCAGGACCACAGGGUCAGAACAUGAUGCAAGGUAGGAUCAAAAUGGAAGGAGGCGGCUCGUCGAGCGGUAGUCCGGCAACUGGCGGUUAUAUGCAGCACCCUUCUCCCGCUCCUAGUUCCACCCCCGGUUCAGACAUGUCGGCUGGCGGCCCACAACCAGCCGCCAGUCCUGGUGUUGGAGGGGGCGGCGGAGGCGGUUGGGGCGACAUUAAGCCCCACCAACAGCCCAUUCAUCCCCCGCCCCAUUCUACGAGUCAUCCGCACCCUCAUCCCCCGCCUCACAAUUACCUCCCGCAGUAUUCUUGGUAUCCUACGGACAAUCCUGGUCUCCUAACAGUUUGGCCAGCAGUUUAAUAGAAGAAUAAGUGAUUAGUAACUAAUUAGAAUUUUUUUCAAAUAAACUUUUGACAACAAAGGACAAAAAGUGACCAGUGGAUAUGUAAGAUAUUUUGUUGAUGUAGGUUAAGUUACAUUGUUUUAAAAAUUUUACGUUCCCCUGUAUAAAUUGGUUUUUGGAUCUCAAGGUGGCUGCAAAAAUUUUCAAUUUCGAUAAAAAUGAAGAUUUUCGCAAAAACGAAGGUGCAAUAUGGGUAAGAGUCCGGUAAAUAAUCAGGUACACUGAAAAAAAACAUUACAUCUGUCCAAACUAUGGAAUUGAGCUGAAUAUAUUUCCAGAUGUCGAAUAAUUAGGUAUAGUAAUAAUUACAGUAAUGUUAUAAUUAAAUAGCUAAUUCUUCAGGGUAGUAAAUCGAUUCUUUUUCAUCGUACUACCUUAGCAGAAUAUUCGUUAUCAUUAAAUUGACGGUAUAUUAUUUGAAUGAUCAAAACAAAAAACAAUCAGAAAUUCUGUGGUUCAAAUCCUGUUCUCUGAAUGAUUUUCAACUUAUUAACUACCAUGAAUUUUUAAAAAUCCAACAUUUUGUAUUUUCUUCAGUAAAAAGUUUUCUCCUAGGACUCAUUUUGUGUAGUACAAUAAAGUUUUUCCCAACACAUUAUCACCGAAGAAUUUUCUUUCUCGAACACAUAAUUUUAUACUUUUAAACCACCUAACAUGCAGGUUAGUUCUUUGUUGGAUCUUUGAAUAAUCAUUUCUACGUAUCAUAUAUACAUACAUUCAGAAAUAACAAAAUGAAGUUUUCAAAUUCAGAUUAUUUCGAUUUGAUAUUUCAGCAGAACGAUGAAUUAGCUUUAGUUUUUUUAUAUCGUUUAGUUCCAAUUUUCCUGUAUAAAUGCUACAAUUGUAUACAACCGAUAUAUUAAAGAACAUCCUGUCUCAACAACUUUCAGUGUACCUGAAUAAUUAAUAAUACCUUUUACACGUAAAUUUUGUUUAAUGAUGCUACGUUAUUGAUUUUUUAGCGUUUGUUCAAAAUGAAAAAUUUGUAAUAUAAAAUUACGGUACUAACUGGUUUUGUUGAAUUUGUUAUUAGUAUUGGAUAAUGUUAGUUUUGUUAACAAUAUAAGACAUAAUUUACCUUUUUUUAAACGAUAUUUUUCAAUCCUAUUGUUUUAUAUGAAUAUGGAUUUUCCAUCGAACGGAAUAAUCCAUUAAUAAAUAUAUCCUUACUAAAAUAUUUGCAAGACAUUGGGGCAUAUGCGUUUUCUUAGAAAUUAUUGUAGCUGGCCCAACUUAGAAUUUUAUCCGAGGUUUAAUACUUCUAGUAUAUUUAUUAAACUUUCCAGCACCUCCAUCAAAUGCAGAUAUAUUUCUUUUAGAAUUCUAAACACCUGGUUCUGGACGAUUUUUAUACCAACUACUGUAAUUAUUCCCAAUUAUAGCGAUAGUGAUAGGAUAAGCUCUAAUGUCCUAAGUUGUAUUUACGAAUCCUAGUCCUCUCGCAUGUUUAUUUUUACUGAUGUCUCUAAAAGCUCCUUCGUAGAGGGAGGUGCCUUUUAUGCUCUAUAUACCAAUGUGUCUAAAAAAUUCAAACUAUGUAGACAUGUAUCCAAAUAUAAAGAGGAGGCGAUAGCUGUUAUUAAGGCUCUUAGCUUUACAAUAGAAUUAAAUUUCAAACAGUCACUUUUUGCUACCGAUUCUUUGUCCGUUUCAGAAGAAAUUAAAUAUGUAUAUGAGCAUACCCGAUUUCCACUUAAACCUAUACAUAUUACAAAUAAAUUAAGUUUAUUAAAAAGCGGUGUACAUUUUUAUGGACAAAGGGCCAUUUUGUCUAUUUUUGAACGCAGAAGUAAAUUGGAGGAAAAUCUGCGGUCACUACUGGUCAAUAUAUUAACCAAAUCGAAACAAACCCAAUUCUUGAGUCAGGACUGGGAAUGUUAUACAGUCAUCACCUUCAAUAUUCGAAAAUAUAGAUGUCUGAUCCUAAGAAUCCGUGGUUUUAUAACCAAUCUACUCCUAGAAUAUACUUAACAAGCCUAAUUAGAAUGAGAUUUAGGUAUGCCUGCUACACCUACUCAAGAUAAAAAUCCACAGCAACGAAUCAUGCGAUUACUUCGAUGAUAAUUGUCCUUUUUGAGUGUGAUAUUCUAAAGAUGAGAAGCUGCAAAAGAAUAUUAAAUGAUGUUUGUUUUGUUGUACAACGAAAGUACCUCGAUGGAUAUCUAGGCGAAAAAAGUGUGCUUGAUAUAAUUUUUGCAAGGUUAGAUUGAAUUGCUUGUAAUGAUGUGAUCAUAUUUUGAUAUAUUGUGGUUAUAAUUCACUAAGAGCAUUCCAACUAUUCAUAAUCUGAAGAAACCGUUCCCUUUUUAAGUAUUACCCAGUUUUUCUUUUCUCAACUUUCCUUUACGAUAAUCCUCUUCGAAAUUUAAUAAAUCUACGUCUUUGAUCUCUUUUAUGGGUGCUAAUUCAUCAAGUUUUUGUCCAUUAGCUGCAAUUUAAAAAAUUUAUUUAUUAUAAUGCCAAAUAAUCGGUUUACAGAAUUCGAUACCAGAACAGGAAGAAUGUAUCAAUGAAUAUCAGAAAUUUACUCUUAAAAAUAUCAAUCCAGAAUUGUUAAUCCAUCAGCUAAAAACAGAUAUAUAAUUAUAUUAAGAAAUCAGUAUUUUUUACAGAUCAUUGAGCAAUGUCGCUGUUAAUUCAACAAUAAUUGUUCAUUGUAAUUGGCAUCCAAAGAAGAAAAAAGCUGAAAUUACAGAGUUUGUUGAUUUAUGAACCAUUCUCACAAUUAAAUUGGACGAAGUGAGGGGCUUGCUUUAAAAAUUAUAAUUUACAGUCAGAAGACCAUUUAAUGGGUUCACCUGGUACAAACUAUCUUGUAUUGGCGGCUGAGCCCAACAAACUCUGCUGAUCUACACAUUUAACUAUUCACAAUGAAUGUUUCUAAAUAAAUUACUGGGGCUUCGUAUUUCUAGGUUAUGUUUCUAAGUGUUUACUUCACAAUUUCGAUUUUUUGCUUUGGUAGUUUUUCUUGAGUUUUUUCGUAUUUACAGAGAUUUUUGAGCCUUUGCUUAGUACUUUUGUAAUAAUUGAGUUCUUAUCUUCUAAAGUGUCUUAUUUAUCGAUAAGUGUAUGCUGAUAUUUCCAUAUAAUGUGGGUGCAGUUAUUUUUAUAACAAAAAUAAAUUAUCAAAAGAAAGUUUGAAAAUAUUGAAAAGCAGACAAAAGCAAUCAUUUCAAUUGAGAAAGAAAAAAUGAAAAAAUAAAUGAAAUUUAUUGUUCAUUGUUCUGCUAUAAUUCUUUCACAUUAUUUCAUAUAUUUUUAGUUUCAUUUUAAUUGAUUUUGUAAUAAUUAACGAUUAAAAAUAGCAUGCAAUUGUUAUUCAUUUACAAAGAAAAACAACUUGCGGUUAAAUUAAAUUUUAUCAUCUUCAUUUUUGAGUUUAUCAGAAAAAUCAAUGCAUAAUUUUUUAUCAAGAACUAUUUAGAACAAAAUGUGUACAAAACAAUUACGACAAGCAGUAUUAUCACGAACAUAACUUAGAAAUGCGAAAACCUUGUUUGAUUUGUCCUGGUUAAUUGAUUUUCAUAGAUACGAAAACUGACUUUGAAAUGAUCAUAACCUCAAAAUAGAAACAACAUCAGAUCAUCUUUCGCAACAAAACAUACCAUCUUCAUCAUAUAAAUAGCAUUUGGAAUUACAGUAUUAACAAUUAUUGCUGUAACAAUUACACGCAGCAGAGAAUUGGAUAAUUAGGAAAAUAGAUGAGAUAAAAAGAAUACCGUCGAGAACUAAGGGAAAUAACAUAGAAAAUAAAGAUAUCAGAGAAGUAACGGAACAGAAAGAAACUAUAGUGGAAAUAAAAUAAUGAAUUCUGCAAAAUAAAAAAAAAACAGAGUGGAAGACUAAGAUAUGCAUAAACUAAAUAAGUAAGAUGGUACAUAACAGUGCAAUCAAUAGUAUCAGUGGCAACUCUAAUAGAAUUGAAAAAAUUUACAUGUGAAGCUGAAAACACAAAAAAAUCAGAAUUCAUUGAAUGCCUUCAAAGGUAAAUUCGGAAAUUAUGUUUCGAGUUAGAUAGAUGUUUAUGUGGCACAUGACUAUUGAUGACAGCAAUUGUGGCCGUUCCAGCAUCCUCUAUUUGUAAAUUUCUUAAAGUGAAGUAGAUAACAAGGAAGAUACAGAGAAUAAGUAAGAGUAGGUUACCGAAAUAUCAAGUGUAAAUGAUAUAGUAGAUGUAAACUUUGUUCAAACAAGGCUCUACGAAUAUUAAUUGAAAAUAUAAAAUUGAAAUUCAAAUAAUUAUCUUUGGAGGAUAAAAUGCUAUAAAAUUUUUAAUAAAACUGGUUUGGUUAUAUAUAUAUAUAUCAAGAAUGAUGAAUGCGAAUUUUGUGGGUAGGUACUAGAGACACAACAGAAUUUUAAUAAUCGAUAGUUAACUUUAAAAUGUUGCUUGUUAGUGGAUAAUUUCCCUUUGAAGGUUUUUCUUUUGAAACAAUCUUGAUGAAUGGAUUUGGUAGAAUUGAGUCUCUUUUCUUUUCCUCAUAAAUGAUCUUAAUUUUUGGGCCAAGAAAUUCUUAAGAAGUCUUCGCUAAUGUCAUAUGAAGAUCUAACUCGGUCGAUAAUAAGUGAAAAACCUAUUAAUUUAUUGAUAAGAUUAUUGAAUAAUUUGAAAAAUAUUGCUUAAAAGUUUAGUUGUGAUAAAAGUGUCUAUUUUAUUGUUAACAAAAUAUAUUUCAAUCAAUGGCUUAUUAUAACUUACAGCAAAAUAUUCAGACAUAUUUUCUAAAUGUUUUGAUGUAUCUAUUUUCAUAAGAUUCUUAUAUAUACGAGGUAACUUAUCGGUUUUAUAACAAAAAUAACUUAUUGCUUUUUAUUUGUGGAUAUUUUAAACUGUUUACCUCAUAUAUGUAUAUUCAUGCGUAAUAAUUUUGUGUCAUACUUACACAUCAAUUCUAAAAAUAAAGGGUGAAAUAUAUUGAAACAGUCUCAUAAUUAUCACAAGUUGAUCUAACAUAUAGGUGCAGUACAUGUAGAACAUUUUUUUCUUAGUAAUGACGAAUAAACGUCAUCAUUUCCAGUUAAAUCACUUGGAAACUAUAAGUAUACAGUGUGUCGUAUUUAGAAUGAAGUCACCUUCAUAUUUUCAUUGUUUGGAAUAAAUUUUACCCAGUAUACAGUAUGAUGGGCAUCAAUUUGAAGAUAACCAGAUAGUGGACAAAUAUGGCCAGUUUUUUAUAUUUUGUGCCUCAUCAGAGAGAUUCAUUCUGAGGUAUUCUAUUAAGAGCAGGAUACUUCUAAAAAGUCGCUGAGGAGAUAAAGAACCGAUAAAUCUCGUUCUAGACUCUAUGAGCAGUCUAAAUUUAUAUAUUUGAUAGUGCUGAAUCCAAGUACAAUUAUUUAUUUGUUAAAUUGAGGAAAUAUGAUGAAAACUAACUAUCAAACUAGUACGAAGUUGGGAGAGUAUUUGACUAAAAAUUAAAAAAAAAACUUUUUACAUGAAAUGAAAUAAUUAUAUCUUUAGUCCAAACAGAAAGUACUCGGGAAAAAAUUAGGUAGAGCUGAAUUUUACCCAUUUGAAAGAAUAUUAAUUUUUACAAAAUACCCCUAAAAUCCCCUGGGGGCUUUCUCUCCCAGCUCCCAUCAAAUUUUCAAAAUGCCAACAUUCACGGAAACUCUAAUAACUGAAAAAUAGUCCAAUAAGAUCGUGUUUUUUUUGUUUUGUGUGUUAUUAAAUUUAGAUUUGAAUUAUUUGAUUAAUUUGGAAACAUAUGCCUCAAUUUUAAUUGCUUUUUAUAAAAAUUUAUAUUUUUAAUGAAUAUAACCCAAAAUGACCGCUAAAAUAUUAGUUUUCUAGUCACAUUAAAAAUGAAAUUCAAAUAAGAAAAUUAAAAAUUUGGUUUUUAACAUACGUAUAUCAAUCUUUCAAUCCUUGAGAUUGGAAAAUUAUUUACAAUUUCUACUUUAUGGUGGUUUAGUUAUCAUUUACUCUAGGUGGUUAAAUUCCUUUCGGAAGAAGUCGCAGUUAUCUAACUGUACUCCAAAUAUCAUUUAUGAAAGUGUUGAAAAUGUCACUGCAUGUUCUUGUUAAUAGAUACAGAAGAUAAUAAAUGAGCUAAAUACUCUGUAUAAAAGUGUGAAUAUUUGAAUUUAAAUUCUUUCAUUUAACGAAAAUAUGAAAGUGCCUGAAUCUUAUAUACAAAUAUCUGAUAAAUGACAUCUCAAAUGAUUCAUAAAAAUGUUGGUGUAAGAAUAGCACAAGAUCCAAAUGUAAAAUUUAUGCGUUAUAUUUUGUUAAAUAUUGUAAAAAAAUGUCCUCGUUGUUAAAACUUGGAUUUAUGUAAAAAGAGCUUUGAUUUUGCUACAUUGGCAAAAGUGUAAAGUUUUAGUGAUUCUCUGUAUAUUAUAUAUAAAAAAGUACUAGAUGAUUGUACGGUGUGUGUUGAGAUAGGAAGAUGUACCUUAUUUGUAAAGUAGUAGUUCUAAUCGAAAAAUUAGAAGGAAAAUUAUAAAUAUUACAUGAAAAGAUAUUUCUAAAUGUGUAAAAUAAAUAUACAUAACAAAU